CCUCCUUGGUAAGGUUUUAUAUAAAUAUCCUAAAGGCGCAAAUAAAAAAAGGAAAAGAGUUGAAAAAAGCAAGACUUUGAAGUAGGGAGGUCAGAGCCGAAGAGUCUCUUCCUACCAAGCAAUUGGGGCUCUGCAGACAUGGUUUUCUCGAUUCUUAUUAACAGGUGAUUGCUUUUAGGGACGGAUUCUUCGGGAGAAUUUGAAGCCUGCCUACUCGAUGGACAAGUACGAGAAAGUAGAGAAGAUUGGGGAAGGAACUUAUGGCGUGGUUUACAAGGCUCGUGAUCGUCUCACCAAUGAAACCAUAGCUUUGAAGAAGAUUCGGUUGGAGCAGGAAGAUGAGGGCGUCCCAAGCACUGCCAUCAGGGAAAUUUCUCUCUUGAAAGAAAUGCAGCAUGCCAACAUUGUCAGGUUACAGGAUGUUGUGCAUAGUGAGAAGCGCUUGUAUCUGGUGUUUGAGUACCUGGACUUGGAUUUGAAGAAGUAUAUGGAUUCUUCUCCUGAAUUUGCAAAGGAUCCUCGCCAGAUAAAAAUGUUCCUUUAUCAGAUUCUCAGAGGCAUUGCUUAUUGUCAUUCACAUAGAGUUCUUCAUCGAGAUCUGAAGCCCCAGAAUCUACUGAUAGAUCGUCGCACCAAUGCACUAAAGCUUGCAGAUUUUGGACUGGCCCGAGCGUUUGGUAUUCCUGUUAGGACAUAUACUCAUGAGGUGGUGACCCUCUGGUACAGAGCCCCAGAAAUUUUGCUCGGAUCUGGCCAUUAUUCGACUCCAGUUGAUGUGUGGUCAGUGGGUUGUAUAUUUGCUGAGAUGUUAAACCAACGACCUUUAUUUCCAGGCGAUUCUGAGAUUGAUGAAUUGUUCAAGAUAUUUAGAAUCUUGGGUACUCCAAAUGAAGAUACAUGGCCUGGAGUGAAUUCUUUGCCUGAUUUUAAAUCUUCCUUUCCUAAGUGGCUUUCUAAGGACUUGGCAACUUUAGUUCCAAAUCUUGAAUCAGCUGGUGUUGACAUUCUUUCAAAAAUGCUCUGCUUGGAUCCGAGCAAAAGGAUUACGGCAAGGGGUGCUCUUGAGCAUGAAUACUUCAAAGAUAUUCCAUUUGUUCCCUGAAUCAUUUCUUCCCAUUAUGGCAGUGUGUGUACUAUCAUCGAGCAUAUCCUGUUAAUUUGGUUUGCAAGUUAAUUAUGUUGCUCUUAUGCUUUUUGUCGCUCAACUUUCUCACACGCAGUUCUCAUUAUAUUGAUUUGGCUAUCAGCAGACAUGUAUCAUCAAUUUCCCCUUGUUUUGUGUUUUUUGUUCUUAUUUAUUUCUUUAUUUUUUCUAUCUCCCUUUUACCUCUUCUUAGUUUAUGGUAUACAGUAUUUGCAUUGUCUAGAUUGCUUGUAAUUGGCAGUACAUGCCUUUAUGAGAAACAAUUUUUCUUUGAGCAAUGUAAAAGAUAGGUUUGCUUCUGAUAUCGUUUGUCUUCC